CGGCUCCCUUUCCGCCCAGGGUGGAUUGCAGAAGCGGAGAGGAGGAGAGAUCUCCAGACACGAGAGGAGGUUAUAGGAAGAGGAUAAAAGCAAUGCUACAACAAGGAUAUAGCUGAGAGAGAGAAAGAGGGGCGAAGAAGAAAAGGAGGAGGUGGUGGAUGAGGCCGUGUGGUGGUGAUACCUGACGAGACGCUGAGCGGGGGGGAAAGGGGGGCCUUUCGCAGACCUUGUAUUGUCAGCCAGGCGUAAGGAAGCUUCCCCUCCAAGAUCGUUCCAAUGAACAUGUCAGUGUUGACUCUGCAAGAAUACGAAUUCGAGAAGCAGUUCAACGAGAAUGAAGCGAUUCAAUGGAUGCAAGAGAACUGGAAAAAAUCUUUCCUGUUUUCAGCUCUUUAUGCUGCCUUUAUAUUUGGUGGUCGACAUCUAAUGAACAAACGAGCAAAAUUUGAACUGAGGAAACCACUAGUGCUCUGGUCUCUGUGCCUGGCAGUCUUCAGUAUAUUUGGUGCUGUUCGAACGGGUGCUUAUAUGGUGUACAUUUUGAUGACCAAAGGACUGAAGCAGUCAGUUUGUGACCAGAGUUUUUACAAUGGACCUGUCAGCAAAUUCUGGGCUUAUGCAUUUGUGCUAAGCAAAGCACCAGAACUAGGAGAUACAAUAUUUAUUGUUCUUAGGAAACAGAAGCUUAUCUUCCUCCAUUGGUACCACCACAUUACUGUACUGCUUUACUCUUGGUACUCAUACAAGGACAUGGUAGCUGGUGGUGGCUGGUUUAUGACCAUGAACUAUGGAGUGCAUGCACUCAUGUACACUUACUACGCCUUGCGGGCUGCUGGCUUCAGAGUGUCCCGGAAGUUUGCCAUGUUUAUCACACUAUCGCAGAUCACACAGAUGUUCGUGGGCUGCAUCAUCAACUACCUGGUCUUCGCCUGGAUGCAACAAGGCCAGUGUCACUCACACAUUUCCAACGUCUUCUGGUGUUCUCUUAUGUACCUCAGCUACUUUGUGCUCUUCUGCCAUUUCUUCUUUGAAGCAUAUGUUAGCAACACCAGAAAAACAAGGAAGGCCGAGUAAAGCUAGAAAGGAGAGAGAGA